AUGUCAUCAACGCAACUGGAAAAUUUACUACAAAUUGUUGGACCAAAACUUCAAAAGCAGACACAUAUUAGAGAGCCUGUCAGUGCUGAAGAACGUUUGUGUUUGACUCUAAGAUAUUUGGCUUGUGGCGACUCAAUGGUAUCAAUAUCAUACCAGUACUUAUUAGGAUGUACAACAAUAAGUAAUAUUAUAUCCGAAACAUGUGAAGCAAUUUGGAACAUGUUGUGUCCAGUUGUCCUUCCAUCAUCUUUAACAAAGGAAGAUUGGCUGCGUAUUGCAGCAGAUUUUGAAAAUCAAUGCAAUUUUCCUCAUUGCAUUGGUGCCAUCGAUGGAAAACACAUUGUUAUUCAAUGUCCUGCUAAUGCUGGCUCUACAUAUUAUAACUAUAAACACAGCCAUAGUGUUGUUUUAAUGGCAAUAUGUGAUGCCAAUUACUUAUUCACAUUUGUCGAUAUUGGAGCCUAUGGAAGACGCAGCGAUGGUGGUAUUUUUAGAGAAUGUCAGUUUGGCAAAAAAUUUGAACAAAAAAAGCUAAAUGUACCAAAUGCAGAGACUAUUUUUGAAAAUGGUCCCAUACUACCAUAUUGCCUC